UCUCCAGAACUCUGCAAUGCUGGGGUCUCUUGAGGAUCUGGAUUUGGAUCUGGAGAGCAUCCAGGCAAAUGAGUCCCAAGCUCACCCGGUUUUCUUCUCUCUGGACUACCAUCAUGUUCAAAUACCCUUUGAAAUUACCUUGUGGAUCAUGUUGGCUUCUUUGGCCAAAAUAGGCUUCCAUCUGUUUGAAAAACUACCUUCUGUCGUCCCUGAAAGCUGCUUAUUGAUCUUUGUGGGACUCAUCAUGGGGGGGAUCAUUUACGGCCUCAACGAUAAAUCCCCUCCGGUUAUGGACAGUGAUAUCUUCUUCCUCUACCUCUUGCCUCCCAUUGUCUUGGAUGCUGGCUAUUUCAUGCCCAGCCGUCCCUUCUUUGAGAACAUUGGGACAAUCCUCUUAUACGCCGUGGUGGGGACGAUAUGGAACGUCUUUGGGAUUGGAUUCUCACUCUACGGGAUUUGCCAAGUGGCUACUUUCCAGCUGAGUGAUAUAUCUUUGCUCCACAACCUCUUGUUCAGUAGCUUGAUAGCCGCCGUGGAUCCCGUCGCCGUACUAUCCGUGUUCGAAGAGAUCCAUGUCAAUGAAAAGCUUCACAUUUUGGUAUUUGGGGAAUCUCUCCUCAACGAUGCUGUAACAGUUGUCUUAUACAAGCUGUUCAGGUCCUUCUGUGAAAUGUCAUCAAUCACAAUGGCAGAUGUGUUUUCAGGAAUCGGGAAAUUUUUCGUGGUCGGAAUUGGUGGGAUCCUGGUCGGCCUCUUUUUUGGCAUGAUAGCUGCCUUCACCACCCGCUUUACCAACAACAUCCGCGUGAUCGAGCCCCUUUUUGUCUUCCUCUACAGCUACUUGUCUUAUCUCACAGCAGAAAUGUUCCACCUCUCUGGCAUUGUGGCAAUCAUCGCUUGCGCAAUGGGCAUGAAACGUUAUGUGGAGGCCAACAUCUCUCUGAAGUCCCACACAACCAUUAAAUACUUUAUGAAGAUGUGGAGCAGCGUCAGCGACACCCUCAUCUUCAUCUUCCUCGGGGUCUCCACCAUCGGUGACAACCAUGAGUGGAGCUGGCCCUACAUUUGCUUCACAGUCAUUUUCUGUCUCCUUUGGAGAGCAUUAGGAGUUCUUGUCCUGACAUUCAUCAUAAACAGAUUGCAUGUGAAUACCGUGACGCCGAAGGACCAGUUCAUUAUUGCUUACGGAGGCCUCCGUGGGGCCAUCUGCUUCUCCCUGGUUUUCUUGCUCCCUGACUUUCAGAGGAAGAAGCUCUUUAUCACCACCACAACUGUGGUUAUCCUUUUCACUGUUUUCGUACAGGGUAUGACCAUUCGUCCCCUUGUUGACUUGCUGGAUGUCACCAGAAAACAAGAAAGUGCUCCUACUGUUGGAGAACAAAUUCAUAUCCGGUUCUUGGAUCAUUUGUUGGCUGGCAUAGAAGAUAUAUCAGGACACUGGGGACAGUAUUAUUGGAAAGACAAGUUACAAUAUCUCAACAGCAAAUACCUCCAGAAGUUUUUGCUCCGGGAAUAUGUGCAACCCAAGUCAAGCAUUGUGCUACUCUAUGAGAAACUGGAGCGGAAACAUGCCAUUGAACUUGCAGAAGCAGGGCAACUCAUCUGUGGGCCAUCCCAAAACUCACUGCUCAACAGGGACAAUCCUGUCACCACAGUCAAUGACUCGGAGAGUCUCAGCCUAGACAUGGUGGAUGAUAUCCAAAAGAUAUUGGAGAGGAACCUUUACAGAACAAGGAGAACGGUGCCGGCAUAUAAUAGGCAUACUCUUCCUGGAGAAACCGAACCUGUAGAACAAGCCAAGCAGAUUUUGAUCCUCAGACACAAGAGCUGGCAGAUCCACAUGAACAGCAGCGACUCGGAUCACUUGAGCAAGGAGAAGGAGGAUUCCUAUUCAUUGGACGGAGGGACAAACUUCAAGCCCAAAUUGUCCAGGUCUCUUACAGUUAAGCAUUCCAAGAAAGCACCAAACGUAAAAUCUAACCGGUCAAGAUCAGUUGGAUUUAUCAUCCCUCUGCAGUCAGAUACCACACAGUGGGCGAACAAGGAAGACAUUGGUGAAAGUCCAAUUUCAGAGGAAAAGUAACAUCACGUUUUCUCGGCUAUUUCUUUUUUUCCAUUUGUUUGUAUCUAUAUCUGUAUAUUUCUAUCUUUCUUUCUUGAUUCUGUAGAAAACAAUAUUUCAAAUGCUUUGACAAUUCUUAUUUUCAAUCCAGAUCUUCUGGGUUCAAUGUACAGUUCAUUAAAAUCAUUUUGUAAAUAUGUACAUAGAGCAUAUUUAAACUCUGGACGUUAUCAGAGAAAGGAAAUUAGAAGUAUAAUCCAAUGGCAAUCCAAACGUAAUCAUGGGGUUUAACAUUAUUGCGUUAGAGGUGAU